CCCCCCUGGGACCCAAAUCUCCCUCAAUCCAACCGCACGUCAAUCAGAGGCUCCCGUGUGAUCGCUCCCGCGGAUGACGUGCCAACCAUAUGGCCUGGCAUCAGAGCUGGUACCAUGACUCGGUAGACAUGCCACCCUCUCCUCCUUUUGGAUUGCACUCUGAAGGAGCCUGAGAACCUCAAGGAGACUCUUCUACUCCCAGAAGAUGCUGCGAACCAUGCCAUAAAUUUCUUUAGCGCCUUGCUCUGGAGCAAUCAUGUUGACCAGGCUGUUCAGCGACACCGGUCUGAUUCCUGAGGUGCAGAAAUUUGCCUCCUGGACCGAUGACUGUGAUGAUGAUGAUGAUGAUGAGGACAUCAGCGACAAGGACGAGAGAAGUGAGAAGAGCCUACAGGAGGUCCACACAGAGGGCUCUCUGAGUGAAAGCAAGGAGGAUGGAGAUAUUGGUGGGGAAGACGAUGAGGAGGAAGAGGAGGAAGAGGGGGCAGAGGAGAAUGAGGGUGACAGGCCCAAAAAACGAGGGCCCAAAAAGAGAAAAAUGACCAAGGCCAGGAUGGAGAGGUCGAAGGUGAGAAGACAGAAGGCCAACGCGCGAGAGAGGAACCGCAUGCACGACCUGAACUCAGCACUGGACAAUCUCAGGAAGGUCGUUCCAUGCUACUCCAAGACCCAGAAGCUGUCCAAGAUCGAGACCCUCAGGCUUGCUAAGAACUACAUCUGGGCCCUUUCUGAGAUCUUAAGGUCUGGGAAAAGGCCUGAUCUAGUCGCCUACGUGCAAACCUUGUGCAAGGGUCUCUCUCAGCCCACCACCAACCUCGUGGCUGGCUGUCUGCAGCUGAACUCCAGGAAUUUCCUGACGGAGCAAGGUCAAGAUGCUGGGAGGUAUCAUGGCCCCAAUUCUUCUUUUGCCAUGCACCCUUACAGUUACCAGUGCUCCCGGGUCUCAGGCUCUCAGUGUCAGUCUAGCUCAAUGCCCAGCUCCCAUGCCCUGCGGAGCCACGGCUACUGUGGCACAUAUGAUUCCAUCUAUGGUAACGCAUCUCCGGACUACAACAGCUCUGAGUAUGAUGCCCCCUUAAGCCCACCACUGUGCAUUAAUGGCAAUUUCUCCCUCAAACAGGACUCAUCCUCGGACAAUGAUAAAAACUACCACUACUCUAUGCACUACUCCGGCCUUCCAGGCUCCAGGCCUUCCGGGCACGGCUUGCUGUUUGGAUCUUCUGGGAUGCGCAGUGGAGUGCACUCUGAGAACCUGUUGCCUUAUGAUAUGCACGUCCACCACGAUAGGGCCCCUAUGUAUGAAGAACUCAAUGCGUUUUUCCAUAACUGACCAAUCCUGUUCUAACUUUUUCAUGUGUCACUGACUGUACAACUUGUGCCAAGAAAUUUGGAAGGGCCAGUGGGGUAACAGUGCCUGGUGAACAAUCUUUCAUGCAGCCAAAUGUAUGAUGCUGGAACUUCUGUCCUAUAUUUGAGUUACAUUUGGAGACCCAAGUGUUGUUCUUGAUGACCCUGCCAUCCUAGAGUCAUUCGAUUUGUUUAGAGGCCCUAGUGUAGACCACCCAGCAGA